AUGUCGUGUAUUCUCCUUCUUUUGCACCCCACGAUAGUCACGUCACCCGAGGAGGUUGCCACGUUGAAGCGGCAAGUCGCGGCGCAACAUCCGGGUGCCACCGUUUCCCAGCACAUCAUCGACCGUGUGGCGAACAGAGUCGUGCAGUUAGCGCCAGUUGAGUACAACAUAAUCCGCUACGUGUCGCCACAGGUCACAGCCUUGCCCCAGACGGUUCUUCCGCUCAUCUUCCAGGCCUUGAAGCCGGCUGGUGUGUUCGAAGGGUCGUUGGAUCCAGCACAAGCGUUUGACGCCAUCAUGGAGGGGUUUGCCGUGGAUAAAGGCACAAACACAUGGACUCGGCCCCAGGCACAAGCUGCCGCUGUUCUCUUGAGAAAACCAGAUGUCAAAAGCUCUUUGCCCAAGUUCAAGAAGGCGCCCGACGCUGCCAAAUUAGCAUACUUCGACAACGCAUCGGACGACGAGGAGAUGGAUGAAAACGAGCUUAUUUCGCUCGAUGAAAGACGCGACAACCUUGUGAUUCCUGCGAAGUGUGAGUUGCCCACUGGCAAAAGGAGAAGAAAGGCGUGUAAGGACUGCACGUGCGGGCUAAAGGAGCUCGACGAACUCGAGACCGCCGCCCAGCGCUCGGUCCAAGACUCUUUGUUAGCAAAGAUGGCGCAGUCUGCGUCCGCGGAGGCUGCCGAGAUCGAAACCAGAUUGAAGGGUAACGCUGUGAAGUUUGCCAGUGCAGACAUCACCGAGAUCGACUUCACGAUUGAGGGUAAGAAGGGCAGCUGUGGGUCAUGUGCCUUAGGUGACGCCUUCAGAUGUGACGGCUGUCCGUAUUUGGGCCUUCCUCCAUUCAAGCCAGGCGAGGUGGUGUCGAUCGACGCGAUGGGGGACGAUUUCUAG